AUGCAUUCUUCCAGACCGAGUCGUCCGCUGGUCCUAGCAAGGGCGUCGUCAGUGCUUUUGUCGUGCCGCACCUUUCACUCGCAGCAUCGCACUCCCAUCAUUCCCCAAGUACACGUCCGUGACGGGCCCACGGCGCAGCGAAUCCACGUUGGCUAUUACCUUCACCGUCAUCCGGUUGUGAAGCACUCUCCACAUCCCCUCGAAGCAGAGAUGGGCUACCUUCUGGAACGCGAACAGCAGCGGUACAGUCGGCACGAGUCUGCCGAGUCGGCAACAGCGUUCUUCGCGAGUCGCGGGCAGGCCAUAGAUAUUCUCGGUCGCACCGACCCCAAUCAGAUCAAAGGUAACUUCUUCGGACUGGAACUCUACCAGGAUGCCAUGAAGGUGGUGAUGCAGCGCUACACCCCAGAGAAACGCUUGACAUCCGCGGACCUGUGGCAACCGAACACCUUGGGCGACGCGCCGCCGCCACGCCACACGCUGCACCGCAAGCUAGACGACUUUCUAUACCUUAUCGUCCAGGAAGGGGCAACAGGCAAGUGGACCAUUCCACACACGGCGCGCAAGGACGAUGAGUCGCUCCGCAUGACGGCCGAUCGCGCCAUCUCCUCCCAGAACAACGAGGGGCUGGACUGCUACGUAUGGUCGAACGCGCCGCAGGCGACAGUGUUCCUGAACGACGACAACACGCGUCUAUUCAUCUACGCGGCAACGUACCUCGCCGGCCGCCCGCAGUUUGCCUCGUUCGACCCCAAGACGAAGGAUCACGCGUGGGUGACCCGGCACGAGCUUCUGCAGUACAGCGACACCUUCAAGAGCGCAGAGCUGCUCAAGGCUCUCCUCGACAUCAGCGCCGACGGCACCUUCGAGGCUUGA